AUGGCUGGCCGUGUGCUGUUGGUGUGUGCCCUCUGCGUGCUGUGCUGCGGCGGCGGUGUCGGUGCGUGGGGUGGCGACUACUGCACGGAGAGUGACUGGAGGGGCUUGAGGGCGGUUGCGAGGGACAUGAGCGAGGCGGAGAUUGAGGGGCAGUACUGCGGCCGCAAGCCGGAGUUUGUGCAGCGGCUGCGGGCGAGUCUGCAGGCAGAGACUAAAGAACAUCAGGAUGAGAAGGCAAAGAAUGCCCCCGACACCGACGAAAAAGCUCAACAAGGAAAGCAAAAUGAGCAGCAUAAUGCAGGCGCACCCGGAGUAUCGCAAACUAAUGGCGCACCUUCGGAAAUGGGGGGAGACUCGGGGAGGGGACAGUCUUUGGGGUCGAAGGGAGUUUCACCAUCAGGGAAGGACGGUGCAGGAAGCACUUCCCAGUCAGGUGGCAGCACAAGCCCAACCGAAGAUGGAGCACCGCGUACGGACAAAACAGUGUCGCCCCCGGCGCCGCCAUCCAAACCCUCAAUAACGACUUUGCAACCUGGUGGAGGAGAAAAGGACGUUAUACCGAAUACCACAUCGGAGUCUUCACCACCAGUGAAGCAAGAUAAAGCAGAAGCGAGUGACGGAGAGGAGAAGACAUUGCACGAAAAAGUUCCAGAACAACAACAAAAGACCCAGAUUGUGCAGGAGCCUCCGCCUGCAACACCAAACGCACCAACACCGCCGACCGGGCAGUCAGGGGAGGCCGAAGAGAAAACGACGUCGGCCGACGGUCAAUCAAAGGCGAAUGAGGGGAACGGAGGAGAAGCGCGAGUUGAGGACAUCACACAAAACACUCAAACGACAGUUGUUGGGGGCCACGCGGGGGCAACUCAACAAAAUUCCCCUGCGGUUGGUGGCGGUGCUGCCAGCAGUGAGGCUGAAAGGCGCGCGGUGGACGAUGCAGCGAAAGGCGGUGUGGAGGAAACAACAGCAGCGUCAGCCACCAUCAGCGUUGGCACUAAUGCGGCGAAGCCGGUGCCCGGCGACAGUGACAGCGGCAGCGCGGCCUCGCACUGCACCUCCCCCGUUGCGCUUCUUCUGCUUUUUGCGUGUGCGGUGGCUGCUGCGAUGGCGGCGGCGUGA